AUGUCUGAAUCAACUGCGGAAGUCAAGCUGGAGUCUUCGGAACCAAGUCAAAAGACUCCAGAAGAAAUUAUGGAAGAAAAACAGCUUAUUCUAAAACAAGUCGAAUAUUAUUUCGGAGAUACAAAUUAUCCCAAAGACCUUUUUCUUAAAGAAUUAAGUGAAAAAGAUCCUGAUGGAUGGGUUCCUAUUGCUAUGAUUCGUCAAUUUCGUAAGAUGCAAGUUUACACUGACAACGAAUUAAUAGUUGAGGCUUUGCGAGAAUCCCCAAAACUAUUAGAAGUUGACGAGUCGGGUACGAAGGGAUCAUUCUUUAUUCAAUUUGACUCUCACGAAACAGCAAAAAAAAUAUCUGAGAUGAAAUUGGAGUUCAAUGGAGCUCCAAUAAAGAUGAUGAUGAAGUUUGAUUAUUGCGAGAUGAAGUGUAUAGAAAAAGGAUUGGAUCCCAAUACUAUGCGCAUGCAAGGACAAAAAAAGAUUAAAGAUAAAGUUCUUAGUUUUAGAAAAGGCUGUUUGCUGAAAUUUGAGGGAACGGGUCCAGAUGCAACCUGGGAAACCAUUAGGAAAGAGGUGCAUGAUAAAUAUGGGAAAGUCUCGUUUGUUUCUUUUAAUUAUCUCGAGAGAAAUGGUAUCAUACAUUUUGAAGAAGCGAUUGCCAAAGACUUAGCUACCAAGAUUUCUAAUGACAAUGUGGAGUUCGAUGGGGUCAAACCGAGUUUUUCGUUUGUUGAAGGUCAGGAAGAAAUAGACUAUUAUCAAAGGAAGAGAGAAUAUAUUAAUGUCUGUCCCACAUCUACAGCUGGAAGUGAGAGUAAUCCAACUGACGUAGCUGAGUCUUCCCAAGAAAGCAAUGUCAAGUCAGAAGAGGAUGCUAAUUUUUCUAAGGAGACGGAUUCCAAAGAAACGACUGCAGUUAAUUCCGUAUCCGCGGAUCCCGAUGCAAAAGUUGAGGGUCUGAAUCCAGAGGCAAAAAUUGAGUCGGAUUCCGAUGCAACUAUUAAGGGCCUGAAUUCGGAUACUUCUAUUGUUAGUUCUGGAAGCAAACGUAAGUUGAAUGAUAGCACUGAUCCGGAUGAUUCACCGAAAGAAAACAAGGUCAUAAAAUUGGAUGCAGUUGAGGAUUCAAGCUCUUAG